UGCCCGAAGCCGAAACAGUAACAUUCUCAAUAAACGGAUACCAGAAAAUCCAAAGUAUGCUCACAUCACGCAUACUGUUGACUCGGGCGCCAGUAUUUCCAAGUACAUGGCCAAGCUGGAAGACGUUCGCCGGAAUUACAGAUACAGACAGAAUGAAAUUUUUAAAAGAAUGAAAAUAACAACUUUUGUACAGUUGGUACUUCAGGUGAACGCUAUACAGAAAUUAGAAGAUGAUGCCGACUCAUUUAUGCCAGACUCUGUAAGAUCAGAACAAGAGACUCCAACAAACAGUGUACUCCAAGAGAAUGACAAAGAUAGAGACAGUCCUGCUCCGUCCUUGGCAUUGACAGAGGGAGAUUAUGGUGAUGUCGCCAAUGUACAGACUCCUAGGUCAACAUUACAAAGUGUUAUCCGAGGUGUUGGUGAGUUUGAUCUAGAGGAGCAAGGAGACUCGAAUCCACCUAUGCAAGAAGUGAAAACAGUUGAUCCCCAUGCCUGUCCGUAUUUACUACUUGAUAUAAGAGACCAAGAUGCAUAUGAUAACUGUCAUCUUAUCACAGCUAAGAGUUACCCAGUGGCGAUGUUAUCUCGUUCUUACAACAAUUACACACCCGAUAUAAUUGCAUAUAGAAAUAAACCUGGUAAGAUUAUUGUGAUAUACGAUGAAGAUGAAAGAAUAGGCACUGGAGCAGCAACUACAUUUUCUGAACGAGGAUUUGACAAUUUAUUUCUUUUAUCCGGAGGUUUGAAAGUUGCAGCUGGCAAGUUUCCAGAGGGAUUGGUGACUGGUACUAUACCGCUGUCAUGUAGGCCACCACCACCCCCAUCAAGAGGCAGAAAGAAACAACCGCAACAAAUAGAACAAAUCAAAGCAUGCAAGACAGAGUUCAGUAAUGAUGAUCUUGAAAAACUAGAUCAGCACCUUGAUGAAAACUUGAUUCCACAGGACACAGGAAGCCGUUUAAGUCGUGCUUCGACACGGGCCACCAGUAAUGCAUCAAUGAGCUCAAUCAACACCUCGCGCUCUACAAGUAGCAUACACUCAAAUCCUUGGAAAUGAAUUAGCUUCACAGAACUCAUUUUAAAGUUACUCCUACGCCUCACUGCCUUUGAUUCAGCAUGUUGGUUUCAUAAACACCACUAUGUGUUCCAUCAGAGAGAAAAUGCAAUCACAGGUAUACAAAGUAGUAUGUAAAAAAGAUCCCAUUCAAAUUAUGUAUACAUCACCCCAGUUUAGAUGGGCCACAGAAUCUGAAUUGUUUUAGUUUUAGUGCGAGGUAAGCCAUGGAAUCUGAAUUGUGUAUCCAUUCAUACAUUAUAUGAACAAUAAACAUUAUACAUACAUAUCCUAUUUCAUAUAUUAAAAUGUUUGAGACAUUUUAAAUGCAAAACAAUCGUUCACGAGCCAUGGUUUUAGAAGUCACCAUUUUGCAGUACGGCGCCAACAUGUGUAGUUUUGAUGGGAUCUUGGUUUUUUAAACCUCAACAUUUGAUUAUAAAUAGAUUUGAAAAAUAUGCAUUGAUAUAUUGCACUCAAUUCAGAUUACUGAUUUGUUGUAGCCCAAAAUAUAUUAUGAGAGAUUACAUAUAGCUACCUCUAGUGUGCGAAGGGGAGGGGGGCAAUGAUUAAUAGAGGGCACACUGAAUUGGUACUGGCGAUUAAUGUUUGUUAUCCACUUUAUAGAUAAAUUGUUAAUUUCUUGUUUUUAAAGCUUUUUGAAGCUUAACUGGCAGUAUUAUUAAUUGUUGCUUUGUUGAUUUUUUUUUUCUUUGACCACACCAAUUUUCUUUAGAUUAUACAUUAAUGUGACAUUUGUUUUAUUUGUUAUAUUGUUUUUCCAAGAAACUUAACUUUGUAUAUUGAUAAUGAAUUGUUUUGAUAUUGGCAGACGUAUACAUUAUAUACAUUUUGUGCAUACAAACGAGAUGACCUCACUUCACAUAAUUGGAGUGAAAGACUUUUUUUUUUUUUCAAUGUCUGAUGAUAUAGAGCACAUUUAUGCCCUUGUCUUAUACCCCGUUUUAUGUGUAAAUUAUUACAAUGUCUCCCAUUUCAAUCUUGAUCUGUGUAUAUCCCAAUGUAUUUGUAAAUAUCAUGAUUAAUUUUUAAAUAAAAAAAUAUUUGAUUUACUAAA